CCUACAUCUUAAUCCUCACCUGGUCGAACGUGCACCAUGGAAAGUUGAUCUGAGUCUUGGAUGCCACCUUUUUGCCGCCCUAGCGCUGCCGACUUUUCCCUUUACCUAGCCUACGGAGCUUCUCAGGCACCUUUCACUCACUAAAGCCCCGCAGGCUCGUUUUUGGCAUUUCGGUCGCAAUGACUGAGGGUACGAUACCGCGCAGGGUGACGGGGACUACGCGCCGCGGCAGGACGAACGCGGUCCCGAUAGCCGAGGAGCUCGAGGAGACAAACCUCGACGUCCCGCCGCCCGCCUACGGCGAGCAUCAUGACCAGCUCCAGUUCUCUCAGGCGGGCUUCGCCGCGGAUGCCGCUGUCACAGCCGACGGUCGUGUGAACAUCCACAUCAACGAAAAGAAUCACCGCCUAUCAGAGCUGCUGGGCCCAGCCAUCAGGAGGCAGCUCCGUGCGGAGGCGCAGGUCCCCUCCGAACCGCUCCCGCCGGCGUACAUCCCGCCUAGCCUGGGCGGUCUGCCGGGCCAAACAACACCGCCACGGCUGAACGUUGUGAUCCAGAUCGUUGGCUCCAGGGGCGAUGUCCAGCCGUUCGUGGCGCUGGGGCAAGUGCUCCGCGACACAUACGGCCACCGCGUGCGUCUGGCGACGCAUGCGAAGUUCCGGUCGUUUGUCGAGGAGAACGGGCUCGAGUUCUUCAACAUCGGCGGGGACCCGGAGCAGCUGAUGGCGUUCAUGGUCAAGAACCCGGGCUUGAUGCCGAAGAUGGACACGCUCAUGAAGGGCGACAUCAAGAGGCGCCGCCAGGAGAUCCAGGAGAUCCUCAUGGGAUGCUGGCGGUCUUGCAUCGAGGCCGGCGACGGAAUGGGCGUGGCACCGCCCCAGCAUGAGCGGAACGAGCCGGUCGAUGAGCGGUUCAUCCUGCCCGGGGAUCCGGGGAAUCGACCGUUUGUGGCGGACGCCAUCAUUGCGAACCCCCCGAGCUUUGCGCACAUUCAUAUUGCGGAGAAGCUCGGGAUUCCACUGCACAUAAUGUUUACGAUGCCCUGGACACCGACCAGAGCUUUCCCGCACCCCCUGGCCGAUAUCGUCUCCACGAAUACCGACGCCGCCAUCACGAACUAUGCCUCGUACGCUCUUGUCGAAAUGAUGACUUGGCAGGGAUUGGGGGAUCUUAUCAACCGCUUCCGCGUCAACACGCUGGAACUUGACCCUGUUGCCUUGAUGUGGGCGCCCGGAUUGCUCAACCGGCUGCGCGUUCCGGUCACGUAUUGCUGGUCGCCAGCGCUGACGCCAAAGCCGGCGGACUGGAUGCCGGAAAUCACCGUGUCCGGCUUCUACUUUCUGAACCUCGAAUCCAGCUACACGCCGGAGCCCGACCUAGCUGCAUUUCUUGCCUUGGGACCACCGCCGGUGUAUAUUGGUUUCGGGUCCAUCGUCGUCGACGACCCGGAUGCGCUCACUCAGACUAUUUUUGAUGCCAUUCUCCGGGCCGGCGUAAGAGCCAUCGUGUCAAAGGGCUGGGGUGGGAUAGGCGGUGAGGCAGUGGGUGUCCCCGAGGGCGUCUUCAUGCUCGGGAACUGCCCGCACGACUGGCUAUUCAACCACGUGUCUGCCGUCGUUCAUCAUGGCGGUGCCGGGACCACUGCCGCGGGCAUCAAGGCCGGGAAGCCCACGGUUGUGGUGCCCUUCUUCGGCGACCAGCUAUUCUGGGGUUCCAUGGUUACGAGGGCUGGCGCCGGGCCGGCUCCCAUUCCUUUCAAGAAGCUAACAGCAGAGGGCCUCGCUGCCGCGAUCGAGACCGCAUUGCUACCCGAGACGCAGGCCCGAGCACGUGAACUCGGCGAAAAAAUAAAGGGGGAGAAGGGCGUUGACGUCGGGGGCAAGUCCUUCCAUCAGUUUUUGAAUACCGACGAUAUGAGGUGCUCGCUGGCGCCUAGCCGGGUGGCGGUCUGGCGAGUGAGGAGGAGCAAGGUUAGGCUGAGCACACUUGCUGCCGCGGUACUGGUGAAACAGGGCUGGUUGAAAUACUCGGAUCUCAAGCUAUAUCGAUCGAUCGAAUACAACACUGACGAGCAGCCGUGGGAUCCUGUGUCGGCUGUCGUCCUGGCUUUUGUGGGCGACGUCGGCUCCCUGACCAUGGCGGUGGCAGAUUUCCCUCGGGAAGUCUUCAAGGCUCACGGCAAGAAGGACAGCGUCGCCAAGGCCGGAGAUGCAGCCCCGGUUACUCCAGGGCUGGCGCCUUCGACCAGUUCAUCAUCGCAUCAGCCCGCAGGGUCUCAGUCCGACUUAGCUAGCAUCUCCUCGCGCGCGUUGACACCUGGCCAAGGCUCGGUUGAGUCGUUGUCUAUGCAGCCCUCCACAUCCGCAUCCACGCCGAACUCUACACUCUCGCCGCAGACAACAACAGCUUCUGUGGCAAACCCGCCUCCGCCGCCCCGAGCAUCGCCCAGCCCAGAAGGCCCCUCAACGCCGACCAACCCUAUGAACCUCGACAUGGCUGUCGCAGCCGGCAAAGGCGUGGGCCGUAUCGUGGGGGCGGGCCUCAGGUUCCAAGCCAACUUCUGCCUGGGUCUCGCUCGCGGCUUUCGCAACGCACCCAAACUGUACAACGACGACACGGUGCGUCCGCCGGAAAAGGUGACAGACCUCGUCAGCGGGAUGAAAGUCGCGGGGAAAGAGUUCGGACUGGGCCUCUACGACGGGAUCUCCGGGCUCGUCACGCAGCCCUGGCAAGGCGCACAGAAGGAAGGGGCCAUGGGGUUUGUGAAGGGAUUUGGCAAGGGGAUCGGCGGCUCCAUGCUCAAAACUGCCUCUGCCGUGUGCGCGCUGCCGGCGUACACCAUGCAGGGAAUCCGCGUGGAGAUGAGGAACAGGUUCGCGCGCAGCUCCAUGAACUACAUCAUUACGUCGCGGGUGCUGCAGGGCGACGAGGAUCUGAGCGCCGCGUCGGCCGAGGAGCGGCAGGACAUCCUGGCCCGCUGGCAUACCAAGAGGGAGGAGCUCAAGGGUUUCUACCUGCUGAAGCAGAAGGAGAGUGAGAAAGUGAAGGAGGAAGCGACGGCGGCUAACGCUUCUCGGGCAGACGAGGGGCAAGGCGCGGGUGGUGGAUCUGAUACCAAAACUGGUAGCCGCUUGAACCUUCCAAGAGGGCCGUGGAACAGGCGGCGCACGGGGAGCAGCACGACACUAGUAUCCAGCCCCGGGACGGGCCCUCCUGCGCUUCCUCCCACCACGGCCAACUCCGCGGCAGACAGCCCCUCGCUUGAGGACGACGAAGCGCUGGAGCUGGCUAUUCGGGAGUCGGUGCGGCAGACAUCCACGGGAGACAGGGAGGAGGAUGCCCGGGUUGAGGCCGCGAUCCGGGCAAGCCUGAUCGAGAUGCGCAGGGCUGCGGAGCAGGAGCAGCAGCAGCAGCCGCAACAACAAUUUCCGGGACCGACUCCAGGCCAGCGGGGUUGGAUCGCGGACCAGAAGGUGGCUCCUGUUGACGAUGGCGCAGCAGUAGCAAGGGACAUGGCGGAUGACGAGUGGACGAACAUCACCGACGAGGAGUACCAGGCGCUGAUCGAGGAGGCGGUGAGGCAGAGUCUGCUGCAGCAACAGAUGGAGCAGCGAUAUCAUUAUCAUUAUCAUGGUCAUGAUCACUGGACGGCCGACGACGAGAGGCACCACAACCCCCACCCGUCCGUACCUGAACUUCCUGGGGAUUUCCCCACCCCAGACGCCGCCAUGACUACAACCACAACCACAACCACAACCAACGCAAGUACUACCCCCCACAAUGACGACGACCACUACCACCACCACCGCAACAACAACAACGAGGUGGGCAACGAGGACGACGACGACGAGCAACUGCGCCGCGCGCUCGAGGAGUCGGCACGCGUGCACCGGAGCUACACGGAAGAGAUGCAGCGCCAGCGCACCGAGGAGGAGAUUGUGCUCGAGUAUGUCAAGCGGCAGAGCCUGGCCGAGGAGGCGUUCCGGCGGGCGAAGGCGGCUGGGAAGGGGAAGGCUCCUCCUGUCGACGGUGAUGAUGAUGAUGAUGAGGAGGAGGAGGAUGAGGAUGAGGAUGAGGAUUUGCGCAGGGCGUUGGACGAGAGUUUGCGGGUGGCUUCCGGUGGUGGUGGUGGGAAUGCUGGGCCGUCGGGGAGUGGGAUGCGGAUGGGUGGGACGGUGGGGUAGAUCGAUACCGUGACAUUUGUGACAGGUGCUGGGAAGGGAUUUGCGUUGCUUUAUUGUGUUUGGUUUGGUUUGGUUUGUUCUGUGGUCGCUGAAAGCUACCUUACUGGUAAGAUGAGUUCCUGGUUACCUGGUACUUAAGCUGAAAAGCGAC